AGGAACAGGUGAGGCUGUUUUGUCUGUCAAUGUCAGUAAAUGCGAGAUCAAAGGACUCUGGAAGGGUACAGCUAUCUUAUCCUAUCACUGACAUUUCCAACAACUACUGUCACAUUGCAAGCAAGAGCGCCGUUCUUUACCACUAGCCUGCGCCACCUAGCGGAACCCUGAGCUUCAAAUUCUAUCACCACACAUAUUCGCUCUCAAGUUACGCCCAUGUCUUUCCUCCCAAGGAUGGAAUCCGGAAAUAUAUAUAUAUAGAAGAACAUGCAUUUCCAAGUCACUAAACUCGAAGACUGGGCUCAGUCCGAUGAAUACCACAACUCCUUUCUAAUUCGCGAGGACGCGACGCUGGAACACGCUCUCCAGACCAGUGUCCAGAAUGAUUUACCGGACAGGGCUGUAACGGCCGCCCAGGGAAAGUACUUGAAGCUCCUCAUACAGUCGCUGGGAGCUAAGAGGAUACUGGAAGUGGGGACUCUUGGGGGAUACUCCACAAUAUGGCUCGCUCAAGGACUGCCUGACGAUGGGGAACUCAUUACUCUUGAGCUGUCGGAGAAAUUUGCGCAGGUGGCGCAGGAAAACAUUGACCACGCUGCCCUUUCUUCCAAAGUGAAAAUUGUCAUCGGAGAUGCUACUCAGACUAUGAAAGAAUUAGGCCCUGCGGAGUCCUUUGAUCUCGCGUUCAUAGACGCUGAUAAACCGAACAACCUUACCUAUUUCCAGGAAUCUAAACGCCUUGUUAAGAAGGGUGGAGUCAUCAUCGUUGAUAAUGUCGUUCGCAACGGAAAAGUUGCGGACCCGACUUACUCAGAUGAGCCCGUAGAAGGCAUCCGAAAAUUGCUGAAGAAUCUUAAAGGCGACACAAGCGUUGAUGCUACCACUAUUGGGACAGUCGGAGAGAAGGGCUAUGAUGGCUUUUUAUACGCCAUAAACCUUUGAACCUGCAUUAUCACCUAUAGCUAAAAUAUCAAUCUUGUACGUGUAUCUGGAUUGGGUAUCACUAUAAAUUAGGAUUAUGGGCUUGCUGGCAAGUUGCUGUCAUAGAAAUACAAAUGCAAGUUGAGCCGUUGCUUCAGAUA